AUGGGUAAUUUACCAAAGGAACGAUUGCAGGGAAAUAGACCCUUUGAAAUAAGCGGAGUCAAUCUCUUUGGGCCUGUUACAGUCUCACUUGGAAUUCGUGGAAAGCAGACAGUAAAGAUGUACAUAGCAGUGGUUGUUGGUCGUCGUGGUCCUGUUGUCAAGCUGUAUUGCGACAACGCCACCAAUUUUGUGGGAGCUGCGCGAAUCCUGAAGGAGCUCUUGGAACCUGUCGACACCAACGACCAGAGCGUCAUGGCGUAUGCUGCGGCCCACCGAUUCACCAUCGAAUUUAUCCCUCCCAGAGCGCCACAUAUAGGCGGCCUUUGGGAAGCGGCCGUAAGGUCGGCCAAGCAUCUUCUUCUCAAGGAUAUGGGCAACGCUACUCUGAAAGAGGACGAGCUCCAUACCGUUAUAGUAGAGGUAGAGGCCAUCCUGAAUUCAAGGCCGCUUAUCGUGGACAUUGGCAGUCCCAACGAGGGAGAGGUUGUCACGUCAGCGCAUCUGCUAGUAGGCACAACGCUAGCAACGCUGCCGCCCGCAACCGUGCAGCCAAAGGCAGACGGCAACCUCACGUACUUGCAGAGAUGUCAAUUAGUCUCAGCAAUCAAACAGCGAUUUUGGAGCGAUUGGUCGAGGGACUAUCUUCUAAGCCUACAGCAGCGGGAGAAAUGGACCAAAGGCGUGAACAAUCUUCAGAUAGGGACGGUGGUGGCAAUUCACGAAGACAACGUUCCCCCUCAACUAUGGAUAAUGGGCGUAGUCGUAGAGGUCGAUCCAGGACAUGAUGGAAAGGCUCGAGUGGCUGUAGUCAAAACAAAAUCGGGCCUAUAUAAACGAUCUAUUCACCGCCUUGCACCUAUUCCUAUUAGUUGA